AUAGGUGAAAAGAUUAUGAAUGAUGUAAUCAAGAAGAUAAAGAAGAAGGGAGAAUGGAAGGCGCUUAUUGUGGACCAGCUGAGCAUGAGGAUGUUGUCAUCCUGCUGCAAGAUGACAGACAUCAUGACAGAGGGCAUCACCAUUGUGGAGGACAUCAACAAGCGGCGAGAGCCUCUUCCCAGCCUGGAGGCCAUUUACCUGAUUACACCCACAGAGAAGGUACGCUCUGAUCGCCUGUUUCUCUCUCCUCAGUCUGUCCACACCCUCAUUGGAGACUUCAAAGACCCUCAUUCAGCUAAAUACAAAGCAGCCCAUGUUUUCUUCACUGACUCCUGCCCUGAUCCUUUAUUCAAUGAGCUGGUGAAAAGCCGCGCUUCCAAAACCAUCAAGACUCUGACGGAGAUCAACAUCGCCUUCUUGCCCUACGAGUCUCAGGUGUACUCUCUGGACAAUCCAGAUGCCUUCCACAGUUUCUACAGCCCUCAUAAGACCCAGCUGAAGAACCCGGUGAUGGAGAGGCUGGCCGAGCAGCUGGCCACGCUCUGCGCCACGCUGAAGGAGUACCCAGCCGUCAGAUAUCGAGGGGAGUACAAGGACAACGCCACCCUGGCUCAGCUGGUCCAGGACAAAUUGGAUGCCUACAAGGCUGAUGACCCCACCAUGGGAGAGGGUCCAGAUAAGGCUCGCUCACAGCUGAUCAUCCUGGACAGGGCGUUUGACCCCGUCUCACCCGUCCUGCACGAGCUCACCUUCCAGGCCAUGGGCUACGACCUGCUGCCCAUCGAAAACGACGUCUACAAGUACGACACCAGCGGCAUCGGAGACUCCCGUGAGAAGGAGGUUCUGCUGCAUGAAGACGAUGACCUGUGGGUGAGCCUGAGACACAAACACAUAGCCGAGGUGUCCCAGGAAGUGACACGCCAGCUGAAGGAGUUUUCUGCCAGCAAGAGAAUGAACACUGGAGAGAAGACCACAAUGAGGGAUCUGUCCCAGAUGCUGAAGAAGAUGCCUCAGUACCAGAAGGAGCUCAGCAAGUACUCCACUCACCUGCAGCUUGCUGAGGACUGUAUGAAGCAUUACCAGGGAACAGUGGACAAGCUGUGCCGCGUGGAACAGGAUCUGGCUAUGGGCACAGACGCUGAGGGAGAGAAGAUCAAAGACCCCAUGAGGGCUAUCGUGCCCAUCUUGCUGGAUGCCAACGUCAGCACAUAUGAUAAGAUUCGCAUCAUCCUGCUCUACAUCUUCCUCAAAAACGGCAUUACGGAGGAGAACCUAAACAAGCUGAUCCAGCAUGCGCAGAUCCCCCCUGAGGACAGUGAGAUCAUCACCAACAUGGCUCACCUUGGCGUCCCCAUCGUCACAGACUCCACCCUGCGCAGAGGAAAGAAGCUAGACAGGAAGGAGCGCGUGAGCGAGCAGACCUACCAGCUGUCCCGUUGGACACCACUGGUCAAGGACAUCAUGGAGGAUGCAAUUGAUGAUAAGCUGGACACCAAGCACUACCCCUACAUCUCCACCCGCUCCUCUGCCUCCUUCAGCACCACUGCAGUCAGUGCUCGGUACGGCCACUGGCACAAGAAUAAAACACCUGGAGAGUACCGCACCGGGCCACGCGUCAUGGUCUUCAUCAUCGGGGGCGUGUCCUUCAGCGAGAUGCGCUGCGCUUAUGAGGUCACACAGGCCAAUGGGAAGUGGGAAGCCAUCAUUGGAUCGACCCACAUCUUUACCCCCACCAGCCUGCUGGAGCAGCUCAAGGCCAUGAACAAACCAGACGAGGAAGUGACAAGCUAA